AUGAUAUUUAUUUGGAUGUCGAUCUUCAUCCCAAGUGGGACGAUAGCUCAGUUGGGAGAGCGUGCGAUUGAAGUUCGCAAGGUCGCUGAGUCUAAUGGUGCAUCAAUCGUCAUCCCAAAUGGGACGAUAGCUCAGUUGGGAGAGCGUGCGAUUGAAGUUCGCAAGGUCGCUGGUUCGAUCCCGGCUCGUCCCAUUAACUUUUUGCAUUUUCUUUUUGUAAAUCAAUCGAUCUACCUAGCUAGGCAUUCCAAGAAGUCCCUCGGCAAGAGACGUGUGAAAAUCGGUUGUUGUAUUGUGGACGCGAGUAUUGCGCGCCGAGAUGGAAGGAAGGCGACGUGUUAA